CAGCAUGGCGGCCUCGGCCUCCGGUUUGGUGGGUGGGGGCGUUGGGGGCAUCGGGGGUGCUGGGAGCACCGGGGGCGUCGGCUCUAGUGGCGCCGUUGGCUCUGGCGGCGCCAUCGCAGGCGCCGAGGCCGGGGACUUUCUGGCCCGGUACCGGCUGGUGUCCAACAAGCUGAAGAAGCGGUUUCUGCGGAAGCCCAACGUGGCGGAGGCCAGCGAGCAGUUUGCGCAGCUGGGUCGCGAGCUGCGUGCCCAGGAGUGUCUGCCCUACGCGGCGUGGUGCCAGCUGGCCGUGGCGCGCUGCCAGCAGGCGCUCUUCCACGGGCCUGGCGAGGCGCUGGCGCUCACUGAGGCCGCGCGCCUCUUCCUGAGGCAGGAGUGCGACGCGCGGCAGCGCCUGGGCUGCCCGGCAGCGUAUGGUGAACCUCUGCAGGCGGCCGCCAGCGCCCUGGGCGCUGCCGUGCGCCUGCACCUGGAGCUCGGACAGCCAGCUGCGGCCGCCGCCUUGUGUCUCGAGCUGGCCGCCGCCCUGCGUGACCUGGGCCAGCCGGCCACCGCUGCCAGUCACUUCCAGCGUGCAGCCCAGCUGCAGCUGCCCCUGCUACCCCUGGCCGCAUUACAGGCGCUCGGUGACGCUGCCUCCUGCCUGCUGCUGGCUCGCGACUACACAGGCGCUCUGGCAAUCUUUACACGCAUGCAGGGCCUGGCGCUGGAGCAUGGUGGCCACCCCGUGCAGCUGCACCCGCAGUCACAGACGCCUCUGCUGCCAUUGCAUCCAGGGUCCCAGAGCCAGCAACCACCGCAGCUGCCUCCAGGGUCCCAGCCCGGAUCUGUCGGUGCCGCGGUCCUGCUCUCCACGAACCCCGCUGGCCCACAUGCUACUACUGGUGCAGCAGCUGCUGCUGAUGCUGUGGAUGCUGUCGCUGUGGCUGCCACCACGCCCUCUCCAACCGCACUGGGCGCCUUUUCCGAUGUGCUCAUCCGCUGCGAGGUGACCCGAGUGUUGCUCCUCUUGUUGCUACAGCCACCACCUGCGAAGCUGCUGCCCGAGCAUGCCCAGACGCUGGAGAAGUAUUCCUGGGAAGCUUUCGACAGUCACGGGCAGGAGAGUGGCAGCCAACUUCCUGAGGAGCUCUUUCUGUUGCUACAGUCGUUGGUCAUGGCUGCCCACGAGAAGGACACAGAAGCCAUCAAGUCACUGCAGGUGGAGAUGUGGCCUCUGUUGACUGCUGAGCAGAACCACCUCCUUCAUCUCAUUCUGCAGGAAACUAUCUCUCCCUCAGGACAGGGGGUCUGAUAGAUCACAUUAACAAGACAUCUGUCUUGUCUCUCCUUUUUUGCCCAGUACCCAACUUUUGCAUGUAAGGGAGAAAUAAAAAAAAAAAUGUCGGCCCUGGUUCUUUUUCUGUCAUUCAGGUUGCCACCUCAGGAAUUUAGUUGAGUGAAUGACCUCGUUUCUAUGACCAUGGUGGGGGGGGGUCCCCUCAAUUAUGAUAGAAUGAAAGUUGAUAUAGCCGUCUUCCAAAAACUUAACAUUAAAAAUGAUAAUCCUUUCAGUCUUCCUUUCAUUGUUCCUUGGUGAGCAUCUAGGUUUGCACUGCUGAGUAUAAGCUGUGUGAUUUCAUUGUCACUUUCAUUUCUUAGUGCAUUUCUGUGUCUUAGUCAUCACUGAAUUUCUCCUUUGUUUCAUUUGCACACACUCAUAGAAAUUAUGUCUUUCUCUUUUUGCUGCAGCCCUAAAUUUAUGAUAAAGCUACUCUGAUUUUCCUGACUUGGGGUUGAGAUUUACCUUAUGUGUAAUAUGUGACUAUCUUGUCAGGAGGCAAGAAGCUGAACUGAGGUGUAUUCAUUUCAUAUUUACAGUAACCCUGGCAUGCAGGCCUUGCUGGGCAAAGAGUGACCUCAGCAGAAGCUCUUACCAGGCCCUUGCUGGGAUUAAUGCAAGACAAAUAUGUCCAACUCAUCAGUUCUGGUGGCAGUGUUAACUAGUUGAAUAGUUGAAUUGGAAGUCACUUUUGGUUCAAUUUUGAUUCCUUUCUGACAGAUACAUGUAAUCUAUAUUGCAACUUUUAUCCAUAAGGGGUCUUGCUGCAACUUUUAGUUAACAUAAGUAUGUAAAAAUCAAAAGUGCAAUUUUUUUGUAUUGUGGAAUCAUACCACAGAUGCAAGGCAGGAUCCUCUUUUCUGUUAAAGCAAAAUGUCCUUCUAAUGUCAGACACCAUGCAUAUGCUGAAAUGUUGCACUGAAUUUCAUUAAUACGUACAAGUAAUAUAUACUGUUUUAAAAAGCAAAAAAAAAAAAUUAUUUGAAAGGAAUUUAAAAGCACUAGCUUUUGAGGGAACUCUGUAAAAACAUUCUUUUCAAAGAUACAUGCCCCAAAAACCUUAAAAUAAAAUAUAGCAACCACAUGUUUUCUAUCCAUUUGUUUUGUGGUAGCAUUUUGUACAAAAUGAAAUGUUUCCAAUUGCCUUCCUAGGCGUAAUCAUAAAUCUGUUUUAUAAUAUACACUAACCAAGACUUUAUAGAAUGAUAUCCUAAGAAAAAGUAUCUUCAUAUAUAUAUAUAUAUAUAUAUAUAUGUUUAACAUAGUGCUACUUGAUGUCUGUCACCCAUUUAAAGUAUUUUUCCCAGAAUAUCUCAGACUAUAUCUUAGAUUUGUUGAAUCAGCAUUUUAGCCAUCAGACCACUCUUAGGUAUAAGGGAGGCAAAGGAAUUUGUGUUUAGCUGAGUACAUUGUCCAAAAUAAAACAGAUUUUCUCAAAUGGAAGUGUGGAAACAUGGGUUCCUUAUGGGGAAAAAAAAGUAUCGCUUUUGUAUAACAAAUAUAUUCUCUGUAGGCAAUUAAAUGGUAUGUCUUUAAGCAAAAGGAUACAGUAGUAAAUGUUCUUGCUGCUGAAAAAGUUUGUUGGUAGCAAAAUCCCUAGUGCAUUAGCCUGUUAGACCUUGUUAAGUAUUUUAUGUGUGUUGGGCAAACUGCAUGAAACAGUACUGUUUUGGGGCAGGGGAUGUAGCUUAGUGGUAGAGUCCCACAAAAGAAAAAAAUCUGUUUAUAAUUCGAUGCACUAAAAUGAAAUAAAUGGAUGUUUUCUGAUGUAUUACA